CACUUUGGAUAGGAAGAGGAGGUGGGACAGCGCGGGGCUGGUGCCUGCCUAUGCCCCCGGUUGUCAGCUCCCCCCCCACCGCGGCCCCCGCACCUCAUCCCCAUUGGGGCUGGUGGCUGCGGGGGGGGGGUGUGAUGUGGGGGGGGCUUUCUCCCGCAGCCAUCCCGUUGUCAUGGUUAUGGGAUGAUGGGAAGCAGGAGCGAUGCGGGUGGCUUCUCUCCAGCCGCUCAGCUCCUCGGCCCCCCCAUGCCCGGGGGCCAGGACCCACCGGGUGCCAGUGGGGACCGGGUGAUCCCAUGUCCCACUCGGCUUCCCGCAUCCAUGAGCCGUAUCCCGAAGCAAAGUGGGGCUGGGGGCGCUGGGGGGCGGCCUCUGAGCCGCAGCCCCAUCAGGCGCCCGCCGCAUCUCUCCGGGCAGAGCAAGGAGAAGGAGAAGAUGAAGGAGGGCAAGGAGAAGGACGCCCGCUACACCAAUGGCCACCUUUUCACCACCAUCACCGUGUCUGGCAUGACCAUGUGCUUCGCCUGCAACAAGAGCAUCACGGCCAAGGAAGCUCUGAUCUGCCCCACCUGCAACGUCACCAUCCACAACCGCUGCAAGGACACGCUGCCCAACUGCACCAAGGUGAAGCAGAAGCAACAGAAAGCGGCUCUGCUGAAGAAUAGCUCGGCGCUGCAGUCGGUUUCACUGCGCAAUAAGACUGCCAUCCGGGAACGCCCCAACUCUGCCAUUUACCCCUCGGAAAGCUUCCGGCAAACGCUGCUGGGCCCCCGCCGGGGCCGACCCUCCCUUUCCCUCUCCAAAAGCGUCUCCACCACCAACAUCUCAGGGACGUUCAAUGAUGAGUCUCCGCUGGGAAUACGGCGCAUCCUGUCCCAGUCCACGGAUUCCCUCAACAUGCGCAACCGCACGCUGUCCGUGGAGUCGCUCAUCGAUGAAGGUCCUGACAUGAUCCUGAACCAGCUGAUGAGCGACUUUGAGACGGACGGGAAGGAUUUUGAGGCGGAUUCCUGGAGCCUGGCGGUGGACAACAGCUACCUGCAGCAGCACAAGAUGGAUGUGAUGAAGCGCCAGGACGUCAUCUAUGAGCUGAUCCAGACGGAAAUCCACCACGUCCGCACGCUGAAGAUCAUGGGCGCCGUGUUCCGCAAGGCCAUGCUGGAGGAGCUGCAGCUCGACCCGGCCUCGGUGCACAGGAUCUUCCCCUGUGUGGACGAGCUGAGCCAGAUCCACGAGCGCUUCCUGGCGCAGCUCCUGGAGCGGCGCCGCGAGUCCUUGGCCCAGGACAGCAACAAGAACUUUGUCAUCAACCGCCUUGGGGACAUCCUGGUCAGCCAGUUCUCCGGGAGCAGCGCGGAGCAGCUCAGGAAAGCCUACUCGGAGUUCUGCAGCAAGCACACCAAGGCCGUGAAGGAGUACAAGGACCUGCUGGCCCGAGAUAAGCGCUUCCAGCAGUUCAUCCGGAGGAUGGCGCGGUCCCCUCUGCUCCGCCGCCACGGCGUUCCCGAGUGCAUCCUGCUGGUGACACAGAGGAUCACCAAGUACCCGGUGCUCAUCGAGCGCAUCCUGAAGAACUCCAAAGACAAUGAGGGCGACUCCGCGGACCUGUCACGGGCGCUGAGGCUGGUGAAGGAGCUGAUCUCAUCCAUCAAUGAGGAGGUGCACGAGUGCGAGAUGAACGCGCGGCUCUGGGACGUCUACAGGCGCGUGGACGGCCGGGCCAAGGUGCAGCUGCCCUGGGAGAGCCGCGCCGGCGUCUUCGGCCGCGACGAGCUCCUGCGCCGCAAACUGGUGCACAGCGGGUGCAUGCUCUGGAAGACUGCAGCCGGGCGCUUCAAAGAUGUGCUGGUGCUGCUGCUGACCGAUGUCCUCAUCUUCCUGCAAGAGAAGGACCAGAAAUACACCUUUCCAAUGCUGGACAAGCCGGCCGUCGUGUCCCUGCAGAAUCUGAUCGUGCGGGAUAUCGCCAACCAGGAGAAGGGGAUGUUCCUGAUCAGCGCCGCGCCACCGGAGAUGUACGAGGUCCAUGCCGCAUCCCGCGACGACCGCAACCACUGGAUGAAGCUCAUCCAGCAGACGGUCGGGCUCUGUCCCAGCCGACAGGACUUCCCCUUGAUUGAGACAGAGGUCGAAGCAUCUUUACGCAAGCUGAAAGACCGUAUCCUGCAGCAGGAUCGGAAGCUGACGGCGCUCCUGGAGGAGAAGGUCGGGCUCUUUGCGGACAUGCUGGCGCUGACCGGUGCCGAGGAGCCCUCUCCCACCCUGGCCCCACGCUCCCUCUUCCACUCCGACUCAGCCGAGGCUUCCCGAGGGGAAAAGCUGAUGCACAAUGCUAUCCGGGAAGUGGAAUGCCUCACGGAGAUCUUCACUGGCUCCGGACGCGACCGGGAUCAGAGCAGUGAGGCCGAGACCUGCCCCAGCACCAGCACCAGCAACGGUGAUGCCAGCAGCUUCAAUGGCUCCAUGGAAUUCUGCCGCACGGAUCCGGAUGCUGGGCAGCGGGAUGGGAAUGGCAACCAGGUCCUGCCGCGGGUACCGCAGGAGGAAAUCAACCAGCGACUGGUGAACCUCUACAGCCUCCUGCAUGAGCUCCAGGCGGUGGUGCUGCAGCAGGACACGCUGCUGGAGCUGCGGCUGCAGGAGGCUCCGGACAAACCCUCCCGGCGCGGCUCCCAAGCGGCUCCGGCCGAGCCGGCGCCCCGGGUGGGCGAGAAACCGGGAUCGACGGAGCUGGCGCUGCUGCAGCGGCAGCACGGGCUGCUGCAGGAGGAGCUGGGCCGCUGCCGGCAGCAGUGCCAGGAGCGGGCGCAGGAGGCGGCGGCGCUGGAUUCCCGGCUGCGGGACAGCGAGCGGGAGCGCGCCCGCCUGGAGCGGGAGCUGGAGGAGGCGCGGCGGGAGCUGGGCGCGCUGCGGCACGACGGCGCUGUCACCACACGGGGGCGCCGCGGAGCCGACUCGCGGCGCAGGAGCCUGCCGGCAGGGGACGCGCUGUACCUGAGCUUCACCCCGCCGCAGCACAGCGGGCUCUCGUUCCACUCCCCCCCCUUCGCCCCCUGCCCGCGAGAGGACCUGGAAUACGGGCUGGGGGUUGAUCCCGACCGGCUCCGGGAUGGCAACGACGGCCUGGAUGUGCUCCUGGAGGAUGAAGCCUUGGGAAGCCGCCGCUCCCCCCCAACCAGCCCCCGAGAUUUCCUAAGGAUGCAGGAUAUUCCCGAGGAGGUGGAGAGCAGCCAGGAGCUGAAGGAUGGCGAUGGGGGCUCCUCCGAUAGUUAGGGACCAGCUCCGGCCCCACCCCCAGCACCCCAUAACCACGUGGAUCCAUAUGGGGAGCAUUGGGGACAGUGGGAUUUGGAAGCUGCUAUUCCCAUGGGAGCCUUACGGAGCUGGAGGGGGGGGGGGGUGGGACCAAUUUGGGGUCCCCCGUCUCUGCUGGGAUCUAUUUAUUUAUUGUGAUGGGUUGGGGGAUCCCAGCACAGGGCAGGAUGCAGCCCCUACUACCCCCCAGUUUUGGGGGUCCCCGGGUAUGUGGGCAGCAGGCCAUGGGGUUGGGGUCGGUUCUCGGUUCCCCCUCAAUUUAACUGUAAAAAGUACCAGAAAGGAAGGAAAAAUGAGUGGAAAAUCAUUAAAAAGCCCUGUUUGGACCCAA